AUUGAAUUGCGUGAGUAGGAGGUGAAGUGAGGGGGAGGGAGUCGAGGAUACAUGCGCUACUGAGUUUUUUAAGUAGUUGUGUCUUCCGCCCUUGGUUUAACCUGAAGCUGUAGGUUAGGUUGCAGACGUUGAGUAAUAAUGACAACAAAGAUGUUGCUGCCAGCAGCAAGAAUUGCAACGAGAAGGCUAUUGUCAACGUCUGCAGCUGCAAGUGCUCAACAAAUGACUGUCCGUGAUGCACUGAAUUCUGCACUUGAUGAAGAGAUGGCGAGAGAUGAAAGAGUAUUUAUUCUUGGUGAAGAAGUUGCACUUUAUGAUGGAGCAUACAAAGUGUCUAGAGGUCUUUGGAAAAAGUAUGGUGACAAGAGAGUUAUUGACACACCAAUCACAGAAAUGGGAUUUGCUGGACUUGCCGUGGGAGCAGCAAUGGCGGGUUUGCGGCCUAUAUGUGAAUUCAUGACAUUUAAUUUCUCCAUGCAAGCAAUUGACCAGGUUAUAAACUCUGCUGCUAAGACAUUUUAUAUGUCUGCUGGUUCGGUGAACGUACCAAUAGUUUUCCGAGGACCUAAUGGUGCUGCAGCUGGAGUAGCAGCUCAACAUUCCCAAUGUUUUGGUGCGUGGUACAGCCACUGUCCAGGACUGAAGGUGGUCUCGCCCUACUCGUCAGAAGAUGCAAAAGGACUCCUUAAGGCUGCUAUCAGGGAUCCAGAUCCUGUAGUUUGUUUAGAAAAUGAAAUAUUAUAUGGUGUUCAGUUUCCUAUGAGUGAUGAAGCUCUUUCAAAUGACUUCCUUAUUCCAAUUGGCAAAGCAAAAAUAGAGCGACAAGGAAAGCAUGUGACUAUAGUUGCACACUCUAAGGCAGUCGAGUUGUGCCUGCAUGCAGCAUCGCAACUUGCUGGUGAAGGAAUAGAAGCAGAAGUAAUAAAUCUGCGGUCAUUGCGCCCUCUCGAUGAAGAAACCAUUGUCAAAUCGGUAGUUAAAACUAACCAUCUUAUUAGUGUUGAACAAGGAUGGCCCCAAUGUGGAAUUGGUUCUGAAAUCUCUGCCAGGAUUAUGGAAAGUGAAGCCUUUUAUCAUCUGGAUUCUCCAGUAAUCCGUGUAACUGGAGUUGAUACACCUAUGCCAUACUGUAAGACGUUAGAAGAACAUGCUCUACCACAGUCAAAAGAUGUUGUCGAUGCAGUAAAAAAAGUUUUGGGUGUAAAGUAACUGGUGAAGCUGGAGACAUAAGCAGUGUGACGUGCAUAAAUUAUUGAAUUCCGUGUGAAAUGAUGAACAUUUGUUAUAUAGUUUGUUAAAAUUUUUAUUGUUUGUUGUCUCAUUUGUUUGUUGUAAAUGUGAAGUGAUUCUCACAGUGUGGCUGCAAUUGCAGAGGAAUUUGUUAUGUCGCUUAAAUUAAGUCUACCUCAUAGGCAGCAAAUGAACGCUUGAUAUUAUGUAGACCAAUUUUUCACAUGAUUCCUGUGUAAAUUUUUUUUUUUUACUCUGAUGAACAAAACAGCUGCAGAACAAGAGUUACGCGUGUUAGUGUACUGUCAGUUCAGGUGCGGCUUGAAAAUUGUAAUGUUCUGGAUGGAAAGACAUGCAUAGUAGUUGGUGAGAAUAGGUAUCAUUAUAGAUAAAUUUUAUGAUAUUAUUUUGAAUCUUCACUGGCUACUGAUGAGAUUCAAAAGUGUUUUUUGCUCAUCGAUAAAUACAUAAAACUGGACUAUA